AAUUUGAAAAGAAGAAUGAAGGUUAUCUAUUCUUGUGUAUGUGUUUUCUGUUUUGUGAUCUAUUCCUAAUCGCCCCCGUCAAGCGUUUAUAAUCUUGUUUAUGUUUAUUAUUUAAUUAAUUUUGCUGGAGAAAAAGCCCUACAAUAUCCAACAGUAUUAACAAUGACGGAAGACGUACAAAGACAUUCAGUUCACACGCUGGUCUUUCGUUCCUUAAAACGGUCACACGAUAUGUUUCUUUCAAAUCAGAGCCUUUUGCCUCCCAUCGAUGAAGCCGCAGAGAAAAUCAGAAGAGCGGUGAAAGCUCGCGAUUCCUAUGGUUUGGUUUUUGACGAUGUCAAGAAAAUGCAGGCCAUGAAAAAUCUACGUGAUACUGAAGCCGGUCCUAACCCGCCUCCUCCAGGGACUGGAGACCAAGAAACAAAUCAAGCUCACGACAUGGCAGUAGUACCGUUUACAGAUAAUUCUGUUACAAAUCGUUUCCAACAAACUCAACAAAAUCAACUGGCAACAAUGAUUAAAAAGACUCCCACAAUGCCUAAACCUAAAUGGCAUCCGCCAUGGAAAUUGUACAGAGUUAUUGCCGGACAUUUGGGAUGGGUGAGAUGUGUUGCGGUAGAACCUGGGAAUGAAUGGUUUGCUACGGGUGCAGCAGACAGGAUUAUCAAAAUAUGGGAUCUGGCAUCGGGACAGUUAAAAGUGUCACUGACAGGUCAUGUAAGCACAGUCAGAGGUCUGGCAGUUAGCGCGAGACAUCCUUAUUUGUUUAGUUGUGGCGAAGAUCGACAAGUAAAGUGUUGGGAUUUGGAAUAUAAUAAGGUUAUCCGACAUUAUCACGGACAUCUGUCAGCAGUAUAUUCCCUAGCUUUACAUCCUACAAUUGACGUGCUAUUAACAGCAGGCAGAGAUUCUACAGCGAGAGUAUGGGAUAUGAGGACAAAAGCUAACAUCCACACACUAACUGGUCACACACACACAGUUGCUAAAGUAGUGGCCCAGGCUUCAGAACCCCAAGUUAUAACGGGAUCGCACGACACAACAAUACGGCUUUGGGAUUUAGCAGCUGGAAAAUCAAUUUGCACAUUAACCAACCACAAAAAGAGCGUCAGGGACGUGGUACUCCAUCCCACAUUAAACAUGUUCGCCUCCGGGUCCCCCGACAACAUCAAGCAGUGGAAAUGUCCAGACGGAAAGUUCAUCCAGAACUUAUCCGGUCACAAUGCUAUCCUAAAUUGCCUCGGUGUGAAUGCCGAAGGUGUUUUGGUAUCGGGAGGGGAUAAUGGUACCUUGCAUUUCUGGGAUUGGCGGACAGGGUACAAUUUCCAGAGGUUACAAGCGCCAGUGCAGCCCGGUUCGAUGGAUAGCGAAGCUGGGAUUUUUUCCAUGGUAUUUGAUAAUUCCGGAUCGAGGCUCAUCACUACCGAGGCUGACAAAACAAUUAAAAUAUACAAAGAAGAUGAAACGGCGACUGAAGAAACACACCCCAUCAACUGGAAACCAGACAUACUGAAAAGACGCAAAUUUUAAUAAUAAUAAGUUUAAUUUUAAGUUUUAUAUGUUUGUACAAAUGUGAACUUUAAUAUAAGAACGAUAUAUUAUU